UGCAGGUUAGAGGUUGUGUGAAAAGAAGCGCGAGGUAUUUCACUUUGGGUGGUGAUGGGUUUUUGUCGGUUAUGUUUGACCUAUUUUUUUUUAGUUUUAUUUAUUUAAUGUAUAGAGUACUUUUAAAAGUGCAUCGUAAAAUUGUUUUAAGACUUUAAGUUGUGUGAGACAAAACAUUCAUGCAAUCCUCUUAUAAAACUAAGUUAAAUUACUUUGCAAUUUAAUCUUGUUAUUACCCUAUACAUGCAAUAAAACGCUGGACGUGUUUUGCAGCGAAGCGUUUUAACCUGCGGUUUACCUUUGAUGCUUUGCUGACUGAAGCGAUAAACUAGGGGGAGAGGAUUAUAAUCGUUUUGAAGUUUACUCAGAAAGCAGUUUCUGGAAAACUUCUCAAAAAAAGACAGUCAGUCUUUAAUGGUAUGGAAUAAAAGGCCGACGAUCUCCCGUAACAACUUGAAGAAACUAACAAACAAACCAGAUUUUGUCAUCGUUUGAACAGAAUAGCUGGUCUGCGAUGCCUAUUGUUCUGCCCUGGAGCGACCAUGCAGCCUUAGCUGCCUGCUCCUUUUCUUAAAACGCAGCCGGGACCCCGUCCCUGCGGAGGUUCCUCUGUUUUGUGUUGAUUGUUAAUUCUAUGAAAAUGGACCUUACCGUUUCGGAGCUGAUGACAAAUUUCUUGGAUUCCCCUCUGGUGGUCUGGGUCAAAACGUUUGGACCUCUUACCAGCAACUCCGAAGAUAACCUCUCCUUGUUCAUGGAACUGGUGGAUGGGGUUUUCCUGCAUAAGAUCAUGACUCACAUCGAUCCGAGCCCCACAAACCAGAGGGUGAACAAGCAUGUCAACAACGAUGUCAACCUGCGAGUGCAGAACCUCAAUGUUGUUGUCAGGCACAUCAAGACCUACUACCAGGAGUGUCUUCAGCAGCUGAUUGUCAUGAACCUGCCCAACGUGCUGGCCAUCGGCAAGGACCCCCUGUCAGAGAAGGCCAUGGAGGAGAUGAAGAGGCUUCUGCUCCUUAUUCUGGGCUGUGCUGUGCAGUGUGAACGGAAGGAAGAGUUCAUUGAGAAGAUCAAGCUUCUGGACAUUGAGACGCAGGCAGCCAUUGUCUCACACAUUCAAGAGGUGACACACAACCAGGAGAACGUCUUGGAUCUCCAGUGGCUCGAGCUGGCCGAGCUGCCGCCCGAGGAACUGGACUCGCUGUCGCGGAUCAUGGCCUUUCACCUGCGCAAGCUCAUCGACGAGCGGGACAGCUCUGCAGAGGUGAUUGUGGAGCUGAUUCAGGAGCGGGACUACCUGCUGUUACAGCAGCCCUCCAGCCCCCCUCCAGUGACGCGUGCGCCAGCGUGUCCCCCCCUGGAGGGCCCCGUCACGCUUCUCUGCCGGGAGGACCGGCAGCACCUGGCCGUGGAGCUAGCAGACUGCAAGGCCAGACUACGGCGUUGGCGCCAGGAGCUUGAGGAAAAGACUGAGCAGCUGGUCGACGCCAAGAACGAGGUGGAGAGGCUGGAAGCUGAGAUGAAGGGGCUGAAGCAGGAGAGUAUGCAGCUGUUGGCGGAGGCGCGGGCGGCGCGGGCGUACCGGGACGAGCUGGAUGCCCUACGGGAGCGCGCAGGCCGCGGGGACCGACUGGAGGCGGAGCUGGCACGCUGCAAGGAGAGGCUGAACGACGUGCACUUCUACAGGGCCCGCGUGGAGGAGCUGCGGGGAGACAACGCGACCCUGCUGGAGACCAAGGCCUUGCUGGAGGAGCAGCUGAUGGUGGCACGGAGCCGCUGCGACCGACUACACGAGCUGGAGAAGGAGAACCUGCAGCUGCGCUCCAAGCUGCACGACAUGGACAUGGACAGAGACAUGGAUAAGAAGCGCAUUGAGGAGCUGGUGGAGGAGAACAUGCUGCUGGAGAUCUCGCAGAAGCGGAGCAUGAAUGAGUCUGCCCACCUGGGCUGGGAGCUGGAGCAGCAGAUGAAGAACAGCGACAGCAGUCAAGCAUGCAAGUCUUUCGUGCUGGAGCUGAACGAGUCUGCAUCCAGCCAGCUGCUGAAGCUGGAGAAGGAGAACCAGGGCCUGCAGGGCACCAUCCAGGAGCUGCGGGAAGCUGCCCUAAGCAUGCAGGAGAGCCAGCUGAGGGCCUUGGAGCUGGAGAAGGAGAACCAGGGCCUCGGGAAAAAGCUGGAGAGGCUGCAGACGCUCCUGGAGCAGGAGAAACAGACCAGCCAGGACAUGGGGAGUCUAGGGGAGGAGCUCUUGAAAGGGAAGAGGAAGCUGGAGCGUCUGCUGGAGGCGGUACAGACGGAGAAGUGCCGGCAGAUCUCCGACUUGACGAUGGAGAAGGAGCGCCUGGCCCAGACGGUGGCCUCCUUGAGGCAGAGGGCGCAGGUGGAGGGUGAGGCGCGAGUGCGGGAGGUGGAAGAGGAGAACCGUGCCCUGCACCAGAGCAUCUCCACCACCAGCGCCCAACUGACCCAGCUAGAGGUAGAGCAGGAUCGGCUGCGGGAGCGAGCACAGCGAGCCGAGCAACUGGAGGAGGAGGUGGCCCGUCUGGUGCGCAGCUGCGACCAGCUGCAAAAGCAGAGCGCCGCCCUACAGGCCGCCCGUGAACAUGCAGAAGCACUGGAGCGGAAUAACUCUGCCCUGGAACAGGACAACAGACGGUUGAAGAAGCUGGAGGACGCGGCCCAGAACACUGUUCUGCAGCUGGAGACCCUAGAAGAGGAGAACACUGCGCUGCGGCAGCAGGUGGAGGCCCUUAGGCCAGUGGCCGCUAAGCUCCCGCAGCUGCAGCGGGAGAACACCGAGCUGGAGCGUGAACGUGCGGAGCUAGCCCACUCCGUAGAGGAGCUGCGGGGCUUGGGAAAAAAGGCAGAGCGCCUAGAGCUGAGCUACCAGGACCUGGACUCCGAAAAUCAGCGUCUGCGCCAGUCGCUGGAGGAGAGUGGGGAGAGGGUCCGGGGGCUGGAGCGGGAACUGCAUGACUUCGAGCAGGAUAGCCAGCAGCUGAGGAGGGAGCUGGAGGAGCGGCGGGCAGCAGGGAGGCGCCUGGAGAUCCUGGAGCAGGAGGGGCAGGUGCUCGAGCAAGAGCUGGGCCAGGCCGUCAAGGAGAGGAGGCAGCUGGAGAAGGAGGCGCGGCGGCUGCGGCAGCAGCUGGAGGUGAAGGAGACUGCACUGGAGGAGGGCAUGCUAAGGACGGCCUGCCUGGAGAAAGAGGGACGCCUCCGAGAGAAGGAGCUGAACUACCUGAGGGAAACGUCGGCCAAGGUUAAGGAGCUGGAGAGCGAGAACAAGGAGCUGCAGAAGCAGGCCACCAUCGACAGGAGGACGCUCGCCACCCUCAGAGAGGACCUUGUGAAUGAGAAGUUGAAGGGGCAGCAGCAAUGGAAUGAGCUGGAGAAACUCAGCCAGGAGCUGGAGAAGAUCGGGCUGAACCGAGAGAGGCUGCUGCAGGAGGAGCACAGCUGCGAGGACAUUAAAUAUAAGAUCCUGGAAACCAAGAUUGAUUCGACGCUGAAGAUGACGAUGGAGAUCCGUCAGGAGAAGAUCCAGGGCCUGGAGUCAAGGCUGCAGGAAUCUACUAACUUAAACCUGCAGCUGCGCACGGAGCUGGCCACUGUGAAGAGGAGCCUGGAGGCCCAGAAGCAGAGGCAGGAGGAGGCCCACCUGUAUACCACCUCGCCCAAGGCCCCAGGGCCCAGGAACCUCUGGGAUAGCAAAGAGAAGUGGGAGACUGAGGAGAGGGAGGCGACAGCAGAGCUGCUCAAGCUGAAAGACCGGCUCAUCGAUGUAGAGAAAAAUAACGCUGCUCUGGAGACUGAAAAGCAGUUGCAGAGGGAGCAGCUGAAGCAGCUGGAUGUGCAGAACACGCAGCUGAGUGCGCAGAUCCUGGCUCUGCAGAGGCAAACAGCCGCCCUGCAGGAACACAACACUGCACUUCACAUGCAAAUGGCCAAGCUGCAGGUGGAGAGCUCCACGUUGGGCUCCCAGAGUGCCUCUCUGCUGGCCCAGAACACGGCACUGCAGGGUCAGAUGCAGGCUUUGGAGACCCAGGCGGAGAAACUGAGACAACAAGGCGAAGAAGAGCGGGCAGGCCGUGAGGCGGCUUUGCACGAGCACGAGCGUCUCCUGGAGCUGCAUGAUCGGCAGGCAGCCGAGUAUGAGCAGCUCAUCGGGCAGCACACGUGCCUGAAGGGCACUCACCGUGCCCUCGAACAGGAGCACCGCCUGCUGGAGAGCAAGUAUAGAGAGCUGCAGACACAGCGGGGGGCCAUGGAGGAGCUGGAGGCCGCCCUGCUGCAGGAGCGGGAGAGCCUGGGGGAGGAGAUUCGCAAGAAUGCACUGGUCCAAGGGGACAACCAGAACCUGAGAGUGGAGGUGGAGCGGCUGACACAGACACACUCCCACCUGCGGCAGGAGUAUGAUAUCUUGCAGCAGCACUUAAAGGAGCUCAAGACAUCCAUGAAAGAGACACAGCUGGAGCUGAACAGCUGGCGGACACGAUAUGACCAGCUGAAGGAGCAGCACCAAGGCCUGGACAUCUCCUUCACCAAGCUGGAGAACCAGUGUGAGCUGCUGACUCGUCUGAAGGGGAACCUCGAAGAGGAGAACCACCACUUGAUGGGGCAGAUCCAGGUCCUGGGCCAACGGAACCAGGCCCUACUGGAGCAAAGCAUCGAGAGCAAGGAGCUGUACCAUGAGGAACAGAAGCAGUACAUUGACAAACUGAACACACUUCGGCGUCAGAAGGAAAAGCUGGAGGAGAAGAUUAUGGAUCAGUACAGAUUCUACGAUCCAAUUCCAAAAAAGAAGAACCACUGGGUUGGUGCAAAAGCCUUGGUAAAAUUAAUGAAACCAAGGAAGGACAGUCUACAGGAACGUGUCCAGAAUGUCCCAGAAAUGUCCUUAUCACCGCCUUUGUCCCCGGGCUGUCCCGGUGGGGCGUCCCCACCUCUGCCUCCUCGACAGUCCUGCCUUAGCCUGGAGUCUGUGGCCUCCCAUUCAUUGGUGGAGAAUUGCAUCCCCUCUCCCACAGCUGUACCUAACCACAAUGCCAAAGCUUUAGACAACGGCACAGCCUCGAAAGCGAUGGACCCCUACAGGACACCAGGGGGCAGCAGCGAGAGCGUGAACAGCCCAGAGGGUGUGCCUGUCCGACAGAAGGGCGUGAAACUCGGGUACUCGGCACACUCUACCUCAGCCAUCCAUGCCAUGUCUGACACCCGGCCAGGCUGUAGCCCCCAGGGAUUCAGCUCCGAAGUUUCCCCGCCUGCCCAUCUCGCCAGCUUUGGACAUCAGACCAAAGAGUCGUUCGCCUGUGAUGACGCCACCGAUCCGCACUGGGAGCUGAAGGCUGAAGAGGGCGUCACGUUCCCCGAUGACACACGGCGACAGGAUCGCCGUCCUCGCCCCGGCCGUCCUCGCCCCUCUUCUCCUGGCAGUGAGAUGGUCACCCUGGAACAGUUUCUGCAGGAGAGCAGUGUUCUCUCAGCCCCUAUUGUGAAAGCCAGUAGCUGGGAGGACAUGCCAGCCCCUGAUGCCUGCCCCUCCCCGUCUUUGCAGGACGGAACCAAGGCACCUACCAGUUGUGCCACACCCACUGUGAAGCCCUUGCCCCUAGGAGGCACCGGAGAGCCCAGAGCCCAAAAGCCAGGGCAGAGCGUAAAACCGAACAUACGGCUGCCGGAGAUGCCUACUUCUUCACAGCAGUCUCAAACGCUGCCCAGCUGGGUGGGUGGCAGCUUGGGGGUGAGGGUCUGUCCCUCACAGCCAGCGGACAUUCGUGGGGGCCUGAGUCGGACCUUCAGCCUGGCGUCGGCUGACCUUCUACAUUCCAGUGGCCCUGAGAGCUACAGGCCGGAGGGGAGUGACUGGGGCUCAGGGGAUGCGGUGUUGAGGGCGCGGGUGGUGGCCCGAGAGAGGCCUCAGUCCGUCAGACUGGGGGGUCCCUCCGCCCCACCUGUGGAUGUGGGCUGUAGGCCCCUGGACCCACGCAGACUGUCCCUCGCUCCGCCCAAGGAGAGCUUCUCCUUGGAAUCCCUGCUGCCUUUGCCGCAGCACCAUUCCUCUUCCUUCUCCUUGUGCGGGAGCCCUGGCUACACCUCCAAGCACGGCGUGAUAGAGCAGCAUCCCAAAGGUAACCCAGGCAGUCCCCAGCUGCCUCAGCAUCGAGCCACUGAGAUAGCCAUGGUGACGCCGGUCCAAGCAGUGCCGGUUGUUAAGGAAGAGGACGAGAGGGAGAUGUGGCAGGACGUCCGACAGGAGAGCUCCCCCCAGAUAAAGGGGCAAGAGGCGCUUGGGGCUCUCAGCGUCGUGGACAUGUAUCCCAAGAGCACCCCUGCCCCCCCAACCCCCAGCGAGGACCCUCAGACCAUCUGGUAUGAGUAUGGCUGUGUGUAGAGGACAGAAAAGCUCCUGAAAGCCCUCUGACUGUGUGCUGGGAGCGUCCUGCAGACACACACUUACCAGGACAGGAUUCUCCAAGCAGAAGUGUUCUAAAGAGCCAUGACAAGCAUUUGGAACCAUCCAAGACUCCGUCUCCAACUCCGGUCCUGGAGAGCUACCGUCCAGUAGGUUUUCUAUCCUACCUGGCUUCUGAUGAACCACACCUGCUCUCAGGUAAAUACCAGGAACAGGUGUGGUUCAUGGGAAGCCAAGUGGGACAGAAAACCUUCUGGAUAGUAGAUCUCCAGGACCGGAGUUGGAGACCCCUGGUCUAAGAAGUGGCGAUCUCUUUCUUCUACAAAGGGUGGAAGAAAAAUGGCCUUAGUUUAGUCUGAACUGAUUAUGUGAAGGAUGCUCAAGUCCUACACUAAAUAAUAUCUACUCUUGGAUGGAGGCUUUUAGGUCCACGGUUGACUUUUAGCGCUGAGUACGUUACUGUUUCUGGUGGAAUGGGAAACUGGCCUGGCCUCCAGCAGAUCCAUUCAGGACCAAAGGGUGACGUCGUGUGGAUGACGGCCAAUAGGAACCCACCUUUUAACUGGAUGUUUUUAUAAACUUAACUUUGCUAUUGGUGGACUUUGUAUGCAAAAAAAAAUUGGAACUGCGCCUGUGUCCAAAGAAAAAGAAUAAUGAAAGUGCCCAUUUGAGAGCCUAAUCCCAUAGUGCUCCUGCAAACACUGAACAUUUUUAUUGUUGCACGUAAUUUUGUUGUAAAAACCCAGGUCAGGCUUAGGUAGGCCCUGGGGGGAGG